AUGUCUCGCCAUGAACGAGUGCCUCGUCGUUACCGACUCGAUAACCAGAGUCGGGCAGGACAUGAUGGAAUCGGACACCCGUCGAUUACACUCUUCUCAGAAGACAACGUCUUUCCUUCAUCCUUCAAGUUCACUUUUGACACGAUCCGUGACAAUGUAUUUCGGCUAUGCUUCACCUCGGAUACUCAUCCCUUGCCCCCAUACCCAAGCGUAAAGCCGCCCAGCGUGGUUUUGGCGGAGACGCCAAAGAUUGACUUCAACUUAGACCGCCAAACAAAGACGAUCAAAACCGGCAAAGCUGAGGCCCUUGUUGAGUGGUCAAGCACCCCUAUCGUGUGUCUGAAGCUCACUGGUGGUCACGAACCGAUUUACGAAGACCUCUCCUUCCGCUCUUACGUGGUCGAUGGGCCCGGGAUAGCGCACUAUUCCAAAUACAAAAAGCACACGCUUCAUGUCGGGCUAGGCGAGAAGGCGGCGCCAAUGGACCUUUCCGGCCGUCACUUUUCCAUUACUGCCAGUGAUACUUUCGGCUACGAUGCAUAUCUCACCGAUCCUCUAUACAAACACAUCCCUCUUCUCAUAAACAUUACUCGCCACGGUUGCGUUGGGGUUUUCUCUACGACUCAUGCGCGGGCUACUUGGAGCAUCGGUUCGGAAAUUGAUGGCCUUUGGGGCCACUUCAAGGCCUACAGACAAGCGUACGGGGGGCUUGAGGAAUAUCUGAUCGUCGGAAAGAAAGUGGAGGAGAUCGUACGGACAUACGCCGAGAUCGCGGGUUUCCCGCUCCUCGUACCUCGGUACAUGAUGGGAUAUGUCGGCGGCGGUAUGAAGUACAGUAUGCAGGAUCAGCCGCGAGCAGCCGAUGCCAUCUUACGGUUUCUAUCAGAGUGCGAGGAGAAAGACAUUCCCAUCUCAGCGUUUCAGAUGAGCAGCGGGUAUACGGUAGCGGAAACCGAACCUAAAACGCGCAACGUCUUUACGUGGAACCGCCACCGCUUCCCAGAUCCAAGAGUAUUUACGAGGGAGUGUCUCCGACGGGGAGUCAGACUACUAGCCAACAUCAAACCAUACGUCCUAGCGAACCAUCCCGAGUACAAAAAGCUGGUCGACGCCGGUGCGCUCUUCUACGAUCCAGUCACAAAGAGCAGUGCCGUUGCUCGCCUAUGGAGUGCCGGCGGUGGAGAGAGCGGCGAAGGUGGCCACAUCGAUUUCACCAGCAAGACCGGCUUUGAGUGGUGGUACAACGGCUGUCGAGCCUUGAAAGAAGUCGGAAUCGAUGCCAUGUGGAAUGACAACAACGAGUAUAAUAUUCCGAGCGACGACUGGGUUUGCGCACUUGAGACGGUGGUAGCUGGCGAGGCCCAAAAGGCGAGCGAGCGUGCUACGGCGGGAACAAUGAGGUACGCCUCUUGCUCGUGGGGUGGGGAUAAUGUUACCAGCUGGGAGAGCAUGAAAGGUGGUAAUGCCUUGGCUCUGAAUGCCGGAUUCUCUCUCCUCCAGUGCUAUGGGCACGAUAUUGGUGGUAGGUAUUGGGAAAUAAAGCCUCCAGAGAUCAACGUUGUGCGCAGUGCUGACUAUCAAACUCAAGGGUUCGAGGGCCCGCAGCCGUCUCCUGAGCUUCUUUCUCAUCUAACCGCCGUUCCACCACAAAAAUGGACCGGCUGGGGCUACGAAUCAGACCCGGAAGUCUGGGGCAAGGAGAUUACCAACGGCGAGACACAAUACUGGCUCGGCGACGCGCUCUUAAUUGCUGGGGUUUACGAGCCAGGAAAGACCAGUGCCCGGGUUUACCUCCCAAAGAACACUGAACAUUCCGCCAUAGAUUGGGGUUUUCUCAAUACGAACGCGCCGUAUCAACAUUUGCCAUCUGGACAAUGGCAUACCGUAACUUCAGCCUGGUACGAUUCUAUCCCGGUUCUGGCGAAAUGCGGGACAGCUGUACCCGUAGGAAAGAAUAGGGUAACGACAUGCCGUCGAGGAAUCCAGGAAGAUGAAGACGAGUUUCCGGGUAUGGAGAAAGACGACUGGAGAGGUUUGGAAAUCUUCCCGCCGCCGAAAUGUUUUGGUCGCAGUGUAGAACUUUCCUCGAUUCCGAACGGGUCUUUUACCUUCGAAAACAGCUGGAUGGAAGAUGAUGGGAUUAGCGCUCAGUCCAAGCUCGAUAUAUGCACCGUCCGGGUUGCCUAUACCAUCAGCAGUGUUCCUGGAGACGGUAUCAUAGUGAAGGUGGCCGUCGAGAAGACCAAAAGUUGGGAGCCCCUUUGGCUUGCUCAUGGGCUGGAUGUAAUUCUUCCAGUCGGAGAGGAGCGAAGUAACUUUAACGAAUCCCACUCAGUCCCUGCGCUUCUUAAGGUUGAAACGGGCGAAGGUGGGGAUGGAGGGAUCUCCAACGCCAUCCGCAACGAGAAAUACUCCGCAUUAUCAUGGUGUUGGGGCAGCGACGACACCCUAAAGCACGAGAUUUACAUUCAUGAGGGAAAUGACGUCUUCUCCCUAGGAGUACGCAAGAACUUGUAUGACGCGCUUCUUGCCCUACGGCGCACAAACAAGAACAUAACGCUUUGGGUAGAUGCCGUCUGCAUCAACCAGAACGCCUUUUUCGAGCGCAACCACCAGAUCCAGCUGAUGAGCCUCAUUUAUGGCUUGGCUGAGAGUGUUCUUGUGUGGCUCGGUGAGGCCGACGAUGACAGUAAGGCGGCGAUGCGUUUUAUCCGCGAAAAGAUGCUCCAGCUUUCGCAAUUUGACGAGUGCUUUAAGGAGGAUGCAGCUCCGAAGUGGCGGUCAUUCCUGAACUUCAUGAGGAGGCCGUGGUUCUCAAGGAGCUGGAUUAUCCAGGAGAUCGCGCUUGCACGAGACGCCAAGGUUAUUUGUGGAAGACAAGAUAGCGACCGCAUCCAAUGGGACGACUUUGCGGACGCGGUUCAACUCUUUGUCGACAUCGAAACGAGCUCCCAUCGCAUUUCCAAUCUCAUCCAGAAACGCACCGACUUCCACAACAAACCCCGUACGUUUGAGGACGUGUCCUCGCUUCCAGCCGCCAUCCUUGUCGAAGCGACGAGGAGUCUCUUUGGGAAGUAUGACGCAGGCCUCGACCGUGGCACUCAGCGAGAACCCGUCAUGAAGCUAGAGUAUCUUGCCUGGCACUUUUCUGUCUUCGAGGUCACCGUACCACAUGACAGUAUAUAUGCGCUUCUAUCCAUCUCCAGCGAUGCAGUCCCUGCUGGCGCAAGGAAGAGUCCAGAGGCGACGGAUUCGAACGAGCCGGUGCCCAAUGCCCCGACGAAUACAGACAUCUUGAAGAAGUACAAAUCCGAAUUAAUCGAGUGGACCGUUUCGCAUUCUCGGAGAACGCACGCCCGUCAAUUCACGGUCGAUUACGAGGAAGAUUACGUGGAGGCGUGUCGCGAGUUUGUUGAAUUUUGCAUACACAAUGCGGAUCCCUCUCGCGCCCUGGACAUCCUAUGCCGGCCGUGGUCACAACCGCAAGAGAAGAUAGGGUCCCCCACCCUCAGUGCCAGGAACUACAGUGCCACGGGAAGAAAGCCAGUCGCUUCCCGAUUUUUGAGGUUCGAUAGUCCCAAGUCGCCCGACUACUAUAACAUGUUCGUUUUUGGGUUCGAGCUCGAUGAGAUUGAAGAGGUGCAGGAUGCUUCGCAGGGAGGCCACGUCCCAAUUGAAUGGGCACGUGCAUGCGGGUGGACGAGUGUGGACCAGCAGGCUCCAGAAGAAUUUUGGCGCACUUUAGUAGCGGAUCGGGGAUGGUUAUCUGCCACACCGCCCAAGUACUUCUCCCGCGCUUGCCAGGAAGCAUUCAGAUCAGCAUUCUAUACGGGGUACCUACGGCCCAGUGACCACAUCAGCCACGGCCACUCGUCUGUUCUUGCAGACUUUUGCCGUCGGGUUGAAGUGGUGGUGUGGAACAGGGCACUUGUAAAGACGAAAAGCAACCGAAUCGGGCUUGUGCCAAAGGGCGUGCAAAAAGGAGACCUUGUCUCAAUCUUGUACGGGUGCAGCGUUCCCGUUAUCUUGCGCAGGUUCAAGAAAAAUGCCACCGAGUACGAAAGAGAGAAGAUGGAGAAGGAUAAGGAAAAGAAGGAGAAGUGGGCCUACCACGCCAAGAAUUUCAUAUCGGCAAUUGAGCGUCGCAGGACGCGGAGGAGGGAAUCAAAUGCUCAGACGGCUCUGUCUCCCAUAUCCCCAAGGGCGCAGGCAUUCUUCUCAGACUCGGUACCGACAAAGUCUGCUAGAUCCCAUUCUUCUAUGUCGCCAUCCAAAGCGCCCAUGAAACCCCCAAAGCCAGACAGGCUACUAUCUGAGAGAUCUGCUGUUGUCGACUUCGAUAGUUACGACUCGGACCCAUUUUCAGCAUUAACUCCCACCCAACAUUAUCACCUAUUCAAAGGCGAGUGUUAUAUACACGGAAUGAUGGACGGCCAAGCUAUUCAGUAUCGAGAGAAGAGUGGUAUCCAGAAUUCACUUUUUGAGAUUCGGUAA